AUGGGAACAGUGGGCGCAGGCACUUACGGUACAGUUAUGAAAUGUUUUAAUGUGAUAAACGGACAGGUGGUGGCGAUGAAAAGGUUGCGUGAUUCAAUGGCUGGUCGCCAAGGUGCUAGACAACGUCGGCACUGCGAGAUGAUGGUGCGAGAGAUUUAUCUAUUGCAGGCACUCAAUGAUGAUCAUAUAGUAUCAAUGAUUGAAGUAUUCAGAUACCAUGGUCACAUUCAUAUGGUGUUUCCGUUGAUGCGUUACAACCUUUACAAAUAUUUGGAGCUAAAUGGUGGAGCGUUAACUAUAGAUGCUACCAAAGAAUGUAUAUAUCAAGUAUUGAAAGGACUGAACUACAUACAUAGUCAGAAUGUUGUGCACCGAGAUGUUAAACCAGAAAAUAUUUUAUUGUCAGCCAAUGGUGUAAUCAAGAUCUGUGACUUUGGCGUGUCCCGUAUGUUUUGUUCAGACCGAACACUAGAUCUGAGCACUGAAAUAGGCACUGUCUGGUACCAAGCCCCAGAAAUGCUGAUGGAAUCAACAAAAUAUGAUGCUACUGUAGACAUUUGGUCAGUUGGUAUUUUGUUUACGGAAUUGAUCAACAAGAUGCCUCUUGUCACUGAAGACACAAUUAUCAGUCAAUUAUAUGGAAUUACAAAAAUACUGGGUAAUGAAAACUGUGACUUGACAGUUUUAGAUAAGUAUUUACGCAAACACGGUUUUAGCCUUAAUUUAGAGGCUAGCUAUGCACCGCUGUCUCAAUCUUAUACAAUCUCAAAAACUGCCGUGGCACUUCGAAAAGUGUAUACCUGGUGGCCAACAUACCUGAUGGAAAUAGUGACAUAUUGUCUGCAGUUUAACCCAAAUAACCGCAAAAAUGCUGCACAAUUACUAGACAUGAAGUUUUUCACUGCUGGAACAUUCUUAUUACGCUUUAAUAAAGAGCUGAAAAUCAAACUGGAAAAUGACAAUGCAAGAUACCAAUAA